AUUACUGAGAUGGAGUUCACCCCAGAAAGGAUCCUCUGUGGUCUUAGUUUAUGGACAGGGAAAUGGGACUUGCGGAAAGUAGCCUGCUUUCUGUGUGCCAUCCAUACAUUGCUCUAAAAUGGCUUUUAAAAUAUGUUACUCAAACUCUUGAGAUGGGCAUUGGUUGUGAUCACAUUAGUCGCUGUUGUGAGUCCAGGCAGGCCUGUUGGCAGUGGCUGGAUUCAGCUCCAACUUGAGGUUUGAUGAACUUUCGCCUUGGCAUAGACUUUAAAGGAGUAUUAAAUUGGGUGUUUUAUGUGCAUGUAAUUUUGCUUUAUAAUGCAAACCUUUUAGAGAAUGACUUAGUGUCUAGUAGAUGGUUAUUCAAAAAACAGUUUUCAUGACCUAUGUGAUAUUUUGACUGUCAGUACAUUAACUAAAUCGAACUCCACCCCUUUCUUUUGCUGUACAUACAGCUCAUAGUGCUGCUGACCUCGUGACCGCCUAAUAUGUUCUGUAGUAUUAACUUUGAUGCUGUUGUGAAUUCCCCUCCCCCUUUUUUCUCAUAAGUUGCCCCAAGGGUUAAAUUUUUUCUGUUCAAUUCAUAUGUUUUGAAAUUCAUCUUCUGCUCUAGGGUAAGGCAACCAAUUUCAGAGAAAUCAGCCUUGCAUUAUGAUCCACAUGAAAUGUAAAGAAUGUUUUGAAUAACUUAAUAAUCAUCACUCUAAUUUUGGCUUUAGACUGCUGCUUAAGAGAAUGGAAAGGAGUGAUCUUGAUAAAAAGUGAUUUAAAGAGAUGCAUUUAUUGUUAAUGAACCUCAUAACAAAAACAGAUGGACCUGGAUCAAGGUUCUGGCAGGUGAUCUGUAAGACAGUGACUGAGUAUGGAUCAUUUGAACGAGGCAACUCAGGGGAAAGAGCAUUCAGAAAUGUCUAACAAUGUGAGUGAUCCGAAGGGUCCACCAGCCAAGAUUGCCCGCCUGGAGCAGAACGGGAGCCCACUAGGAAGAGGAAGGCUUGGAAGCACAGGUGCAAAGAUGCAGGGAGUGCCUUUAAAACACUCGGGCCAUCUGAUGAAAACCAACCUUAGGAAAGGAACCAUGCUCCCAGUUUUCUGCGUGGUGGAACAUUAUGAGAACGCCAUUGAGUAUGAUUGCAAGGAGGAACACGCAGAAUUUGUGUUGGUGAGAAAGGAUAUGCUUUUCAACCAGCUGAUCGAGAUGGCGUUGCUGUCUCUAGGCUACUCGCACAGCUCGGCUGCCCAGGCCAAAGGGCUCAUCCAGGUGGGGAAGUGGAAUCCAGUUCCACUGUCCUAUGUGACAGAUGCCCCUGAUGCUACGGUAGCAGAUAUGCUUCAAGAUGUGUAUCAUGUGGUCACGCUCAAAAUCCAGUUACACAGUUGCCCCAAACUGGAAGACUUGCCUCCCGAACAAUGGUCGCACACCACAGUAAGGAAUGCUCUGAAGGACUUACUGAAAGAUAUGAAUCAGAGUUCGUUGGCCAAGGAGUGUCCCCUUUCACAGAGUAUGAUCUCCUCCAUUGUGAACAGCACGUACUAUGCAAAUGUCUCAGCAGCAAAAUGUCAAGAAUUUGGAAGGUGGUACAAACAUUUCAAGAAGACAAAGGAUAUGAUGGUUGAAAUGGAUAGUCUGUCUGAACUAUCCCAGCAAGGCACCAACCACGUCAAUUUUGGCCAGCAGCCGGUCCCAGGGAACACAGCUGAGCAGCCUCCAUCCCCUGCACAGCUCUCCCAUGGCAGCCAGCCCUCUGUCCGGACCCCUCUUCCGAACCUGCACCCUGGGCUUGUGUCGACACCUAUCAGUCCUCAGCUGGUCAACCAGCAGCUGGUGAUGGCGCAGUUGCUGAACCAGCAGUAUGCAGUGAACAGACUCUUAGCCCAGCAGUCCUUAAACCAACAAUACUUGAACCACCCUCCCCCUGUCAGUAGGUCUAUGAAUAAGCCUUUGGAGCAGCAGGUUUCGACAAACACGGAGGUUUCUUCAGAAAUCUACCAGUGGGUGCGGGAUGAACUGAAAAGAGCGGGGAUCUCCCAGGCCGUGUUCGCACGUGUGGCUUUUAACAGAACUCAGGGAUUGCUUUCUGAAAUCCUCCGAAAGGAAGAGGAUCCCAAGACUGCAUCCCAGUCCUUGCUGGUAAACCUUCGGGCUAUGCAGAAUUUCUUACAGUUGCCAGAAGCUGAAAGAGACCGGAUAUACCAGGAUGAGAGGGAAAGGAGCUUGAACGCUGCCUCUGCCAUGGGUCCUGCACCGCUUCUGAGCACUCCGCCCAGCCGUCCUCCCCAGGUGAAAACAGCUACUCUUGCCACUGAGAGGAAUGGGAAACCAGAGAACAAUACUAUGAACAUUAAUGCCUCCAUUUAUGACGAGAUUCAGCAGGAAAUGAAGCGUGCUAAAGUGUCCCAAGCACUGUUUGCAAAGGUUGCCGCCACAAAAAGCCAGGGAUGGCUGUGUGAGCUGUUGCGCUGGAAAGAAGAUCCUUCUCCAGAAAACAGGACCCUGUGGGAGAACCUGUCCAUGAUCCGCAGGUUCCUCAGUCUUCCUCAGCCUGAGCGCGAUGCCAUCUAUGAGCAGGAGAGCAACGCUGUGCAUCACCAUGGCGACAGGCCACCCCACAUCAUCCAUGUUCCAGCAGAACAGAUUCAGAGCCCCUCUCCCAGCACCCUUGGCAAAGGAGAGUCUAGAGCUGCUUUCUUACCAGGCCUGCCGAGCCCUGCACCAUGGCCCAAUGCUGCUCCUCAGCAGCAGCAGCCACAACAGCAGCAGCAGCAGCAGCAGCCGCCACCUCCUCCUCCACAGCCGCAGCCCCAGCCCCAGGCAGGCCCCAGGCUGCCCCCACGGCAGCCCACGGUGGCCUCCUCUGCGGAGUCCGACGAGGAAAACCGGCAGAAGACCAGGCCACGAACCAAAAUUUCUGUGGAAGCCCUGGGGAUCCUUCAGAGCUUCAUCCAAGAUGUGGGCCUGUACCCGGAUGAAGAGGCCAUCCAGACUCUGUCUGCACAGCUCGACCUCCCCAAGUACACCAUCAUCAAGUUCUUUCAGAACCAGCGGUACUAUCUCAAGCACCAUGGCAAACUGAAGGACAACUCCGGCUUGGAAGUGGAUGUGGCAGAAUACAAAGAGGAGGAGUUGCUGAAGGAUUUGGAAGAGAGUGUCCAGGAUAAAAACGCCAACACCCUGUUUUCUGUGAAACUGGAGGAGGAGCUGUCAGUGGAAGGGAGCACGGACAUUAACGCCGACUUGAAAGACUGAGAAAAGUGUUAUUUUCAUUCGUACCACUGGUAUUUACUAACAAAAUGAAAAGCCCACCUUGUGUUCGCGCAGAAAACGUUCAUUGUUUAUUGUUUGGCCAAUAAAUCUUCAGAAACUUGCACAAACAGGAAGUUGGAAGGACAUGACAGACAGCACUAAAGUGGGUUUUACUGUUUUCCGGACUGCAAGGCAGCCCCAGUGAAGCGUCCUGCGUUGUCUGAUGGUAGAAUUUGUGUUCAAGGGCUGCACCACGGUGUGCGUCCUGUCAGCAUGAUACCAGAGAUUGGUUUUCCUUUUAAUUAUUACUAUUCUGGAGCCUCAAAUAAGCAUUAUAACUUCUGUGAUUAUGAUUGCCUUUCCUUUCAUUAUUUCUGUAACACUCCACACUGGUCUUUGGAAACUGGCCCCUUAUUUUAAAGAGAAAAAGGAAAAAAAAUGAGUUUGUUACUCGAUUGUAUGUUAAAAAAAGAACUAUAGACUGUGGAAUGCAGUUUAAAGAUGACAUAUGCCAACAAAUGCCUUGUAUUAUAUGGCACUGCCGUAAUUAAAAUUUGUUUUUUAUUUUGGAAAUAAAGGUUCACUGUAAUUUUUUUUCAUUCUCAUUGUUACAUGAUUUUUUUUAAGGAAAAGAAAAUGUGAAACACAAUUUAGUCCUCCUUAUUUAUUUGUAGAUCCUGCAGCAUCAUGUUGUAAUUAAGUUUUUGAAAGUUUCUGUUAAAUGUAAUGUUGCUUCUCUUGUUACCAUACUGAUUUCCUUUCUAUUUAUAACUGUAUUUUGAUGGGCAGUAAAACAAAGUGUCUUAAAAGUUUUAAAUAGAGAAAAUGUGCUUUACACAGUUGCCUAUAAAAGUCUAUGUUAUCCAAGCAAUUCACUCUAGAAGCUUCACUCUCGUUGUUGUAUGCAAUUUUUACUAUCAUGCAAAUAAGCUUAGGUAAAUAAAACUAAUAGAUCACCUUAGAAAAUUAUGCAAUUAAUGUGAAAAUAAUUGAUGUUUGCAAUGUGUCUUCCUUUGGUUUACACUCAACUUUAAAGCGACAUCUGUAUGAAAUUUCUGUAUAAAGGUGUAUUUCUUUUUUUAUGAGUUUAUGAAAACACCAGCUAUUUUGUUACAGCUGCUGUUUUUAUAAGUGUAUCACAAUUUUCUUUAUGCAGAGAUGUGCCGAUUAGGAGUGGUUAUUGACUGUAACUACACGAUUAAAAUUGUUUGUAUGGUAUGCCAUGGCAGGGUUUGUCUGCUUAUGUGACCAAGCGCAAGGACGGUGGUUGUGUAGGUGCACGGUGCUCUCUUGAACACUGAAGAGGGCUCUGAAAAGAGCACCUGAACACUUGCCUGAAAUACUAAAGUCACACACAUGCUCGGUUUUAAGCAGGCAUGAGAUUUCACAAUGCGGAAGAUAAUCUGGUUUUGCUUACUACACAGGACAGUCAAAGACUCCAACAGAAACAUGAAUUACUCUAGCAGUUAAGUAUUUGGGAUGGCUGUAUCUGCCUUUUUUCUCACAAUCCUCCAAUUAUGGCAAUACUUUUCUUUAAGCUAGGGUGUAUUUUUUAAAGCCAUUAAUCACAUAAAUAAGGGAAAAAAUGGACCUUCUGUGCGAGAGCUCUUCAUAUUAAGUGUUUUAGGGGAGGGGAUUUUUUGGUUUGGUUUUGAUCUGUUUUACAAGUGAUAAGGAGGGGAAGGAACCCUGAGUUCAUUUGGAUUCCUUUGUCAAAACUCAGAACUCCACGAAGACAGGAAGAAUCCAAACACCACCUUCUAAACUGAUCCACCAUGCCCCAGGAGCAGUCAGGGUAAGCAAGGCAUGUUGUGGUUCUAGGGGAACUUUUUUUUUUCAUUUUGUUUUCCUGUUUGUCUCUUUGUAUCCCUUUGUUAGGUCCCCUAAGUGUUGAUGAGGGUAUUUGGGUUCAUGGAGCCAGAGCUCUGAGUUACCCUUUUCCUCAGGUGUGAUGAGCUCAUAGAGGGGACUACAUGGCCGUUGUGUUAGCCCAAAAUGAACUCCUUGAAAAUUCCUCUAAUGCUUUACUCUGAAACACAGCUGAGCAAGUUAGAAGGCUGCUGCCUUAUUACAAACUAAUUUCAAUUCUUUUUAUUAAAUGAGAAAACAAUGCAAACUAUCUGGAGUUCAGAAAGUAAUCAUUUGAGCCAAAGGCAUUUGAAUUAAUGUAAACUGAAUUUCAAAUGUUAAAGGGAAAAAAAAAACAGAAAAGAAACUAUCAUGUCACCAACUAAAGAUUAUCACCCACGUUCUCCUUUUCCCCAGGCUUAAGAUCUGACAGAAAAUCAAGUAGAAACUGAUGUCCUUUUUCAUUUUAAACACCCCAACACUUAUGAUAUCAAAUAGGUAUAAAAUUUGAUAGUAUUUUGGAAGGAGAAAUCAGGUUGCAAGUAAAAUUUUUCCCAUUCCUAACAGUCUAAAUUCUUUUGAAAGCUAUUUCCUAGAAAGUGAGUAUGUUGGAAAGCAACACCGGUGUGCCAUCAGAAUGCAGAUGUUUGAACUUCAAGGUCAGCAUGGUUUGGUUACUUUAGGAUAAAGCACAUGUCAGCAAAUGGCGAGGAUCACGAUGGGGUGGAGAACUAUUGAGGACAGCAUAUUUUGGAAGAUUUCUCCUGUGAUCCAUAUUACUCCCCAAUGUCAUUGUCACCCAUGUCUCCUCCUGCUGCCUGUGGCUAUUGGUGAAAUUUCUUUAACAAGCUUCAUUGUGUCCCGGUAUUUUGGAAAUGUUUAAACACUGGGCAUGACAUAGUGCUUCGUGCUAUUCAGACCUUAGCAGAGUCAGGUAGUUCACAGGUAAUAUUUGACCGUGUGCACCUGAGUCUGUCAUGGAUUCCUUCACUCAGCACUUUGCCACUAAUUUGUAUUACUCUGUGUGGCCAUAUAAUACUUGCACAUUAUGCAAAAAAUGAUGUUGAUAGUAUCUUCCUGCCACACAGAGUUGGCAUAUAACCUUUGAAAACGAAGGUAGCUAAUAUGUGUGCCCUACUUGUGUGGCACUUGAUAACAAAGUCUGUACAUAUGUAUAAAAUGUUUAUUGACUGACAUUUAGUACUAAGGAAUUCUGAGCUUAAGUGUCCACCCCUAGGAGUAUCUCUAGUAACUAUGCUUAUCUAAACUACAUAGCUUGAAUAGAAAAACUUAAAUGGUUCAGGAGUGAUUAAAAAUGAGUGUCCCACUCAUGCUAUUAUCAAAUUCUUCCCUGGUCCCAGUUGUUCACAUUUGGCUGAUAAAAAGUUCCUUGAUUGUCACAAUAUUUUCAAUAAAUGAGAUAUUAUGAA